ACAAUUCAAUCGUCUUGCAACCGUUAACUUCCCCGUAGUCGGGUAAUAAGUAUACCAUUUUAAUCUUUUUAAGACUUUGAACUUUUAUUUUUGUAAAAAUGGCGAAUUUCGAAGGUGAUUUAACCGGAUUAAGUGAAAAACAAUUAAAUUUUAUUGAGAAUGUUAUUGAAAAACGUGGUUAUGUUAACCCGAAAGUUACUGUACAACCACUAGGCCGGGCUGGUGACAACUACAUAGCAAUUGUGAAAAGAAUUACAGUUGAAGAAAAUGGUGAGACAUUAAAAAUAGUUGCUAAAGUAGCUCCUGUAAUAGAGGAUCUGCGAAAUACUAUGCAAACUAAAGAAGUAUUUUACAACGAACAUGUGGUAUACACUGAAUUGCUGCCCAAGUUUACCGAACUUGAAAUAGAAGCUGAAAUACCAAAAAAAGAGAGACUAAGAUACGCUGUUUGUUUUGGAUCCUUAGACGAAGAGCCGAAUGAAAUUAUAUUACUGGAAGAUCUACAAGAACCUGGCUUUACAUUGCUUGAUAGAUUUAAAGCUUUACAAAACGACCAGAUGAAACUGAUAAUAGAAAAUAUAGCAAAGUUACAUGCGCUAUCUUUUGCGUUGAAGAAUAAAGAACCAGAAACGUUUGGUAAGAUCAGAAAUAAGCUAUAUAAUAGUCGCCUACAUAUGGGUAAAGAGCCUACUACAAAGCAUUUUUUAAAUCAUAUAGAAAACCAAUUUUUGGACUUACUCGUUGAAGAGAAGUACAAACAAGCCAUUAAAGGUAAAAUAAGUGGUAUGGAUGGCUUAUUGGGGAAGCUACACAAGGCAGAUAAAGAUUCAAAACAUCUAGUUAUACAGCAGGGAGACUGUUGGACUAAUAACGUCAUGUUUAGAUUGCAGGACGAAAAUGUGGUGGAAUGCUGCAUGAUAGAUUACCAAUUUGCUUGCGCAAAUCUUCCAGUAGAUGAUGUGUAUCAGGUGUUGUUCAAUUGUUCUGAUUAUGACUCGAGAGCAAAACACUUCCAAGAAUGGUUGGACUAUUAUCACAUGUAUUUUACCAAGUAUCUCUACCACUUUGGUCUAAAAGCAGAUAAUGUUUAUUCUAAGGAACAAUUCGAGUCGGAUAUGAUAAGAUAUGGGAAGUUUGCCCUGGGUCAAGCGGCAUUUUCUAGCAGUUUCCUGUUAAAGAAUGACGAAGAUGCGGAGAAAAUGAAAAGUGCUAUGGACAGCGGUAUUACAGAACUGACUGAUGAAAUGCUGAAAGAGUUAACAUCAUCCGGAUCGUCAAGUAUGGUCAAGCUCAAAACGAGGCUGGAAGAAUUAGUAGACAGUUUUAUUGAGCUUGGUUACUUGUAACAUUUUACUCAAAAAUAUUGCUACUGCUACUGUAUGAUUUCUUAAUUAUAUAAAAUAUGUGUUCAUGUUAUAUGUUAUAGUUUUUUUUUAAAGAGGGUGUUACAUCGUAACAAAUACUGAGGGAAUUCAGAUCAUGAUUCUGAGUUGAUAUCAAGUGGAAUGUUUUUUUUAAUUAAGUUCAGUUCCAUAAUUUGGCGACGGAAAAUUCCCCUUGAUAUCAACUCAGAAUCAUGGCCUGAAUCAUCCCUCAAAGUUUACGUUACGAUGUCACUAACACCCUGUAUACGAGAUAGAGCGACUGUUCUAGAUGAAUGAUGCUAGUUUGGCUUCGUUAUUAAACACGAUCGUGUCUUUAUGUGUUCCAUGUAUGUAAUCUCUUCUUGGUCUUUCUUUUCCUCUCUUUCUUUCCUGUAUCCUGCAUGAUAUUUACAAUUAACACGUUCACUGUGUAUGAACCAAUGAGGCAAUA